GAGAUAUGAGGAAUACUCCGCGGCUAACGAUAGCAAGGUACACAAAUACGGAUUUAUUUCACUUUCGCUCUUCCCUGGCACUCUGGGGGUCUACCAAAAGCUGCAGGAGGACAUAAUUUCGUCCGAACUCUUGAUUUUGCUGUUACAUUCCCGCGUAGGCGACUAGCGCGUACGAGAGAGUCUCGCUAAUCCCGAGAAGAGGGGGAGCGGCCUUCUUUUGUAGCCGGCUUUUGGUGCACCUCAGGCGGCAAGCACUGUCACCAGAGCUCGGUGCUUGUGCUGGUUCAUUUUUCUUAACACCAAAAAAAAGCGUUAGAGCUUUGACAUUACUUUAGUUUUAUUAACCACAACCUCUUCACGAGCUUCCCCGCUUCAUGUCGACGUGCUGCUGUUGAUGUGUUUCACCCAAGAGGAGCAUUUGGAGCCGAGGCGGCCUGUUUUGUUUUCAAGCCGCCUUGAAUCUGAACAAUAACACAACCAUAACGAGCCUGCUGGGGCUGCACUGCCUGGCCAAAUUGGAGCCUCCGUGUGAGAUAAUAAAUGCUUUGUUUGACACCAGCUCUGGACCGACGUGAGAGCACGGGACCAGCAUGCAUGUGGACUAUGGCAUUAUCGGGGCAAACCACUGCAAACCGGAGCACUUUGCCACGAAAGCCCCUGUUUGAAUUUCCGAGUGUCUACUGCUAGCUAUCCAGCUGUAAGUAACGUUAGUAAGGCCACUAACGGAGGAAAGAGCGCCACACGAUGCUUUGUCUAAUCAUAACUCACGGACUGUAUGGAAACAAGACACAUCGACGUGGAUGAGCCGAUGUUUAUAUGCAUGAUCGGCCUGAUUGUGGAUGCAUUUAUAAUCUUUCCUACCAAAAGCAGCAGUACUUUCAGAGCUGGGACAUUACUUUGAGUAUGUGAUUUGGGAUGAGUAACCUCGAUUGCUCCUUGCGCAGACUCUUAUAUAUGUGGGAUUUACCAACUUGGAAUUGAAGCCCUUUACAUCCAUCUAUGCUCUCUUCAAAGCCACCAGACUCCAUUGACAAAAACAGUGAUUUUAGCGCACAGAGCACGGGAGUCGCUGCUCUACCGCUGCCUCCAUCGGUUUGUUUGUUUGUGUGAUUUUGGUGUUUUGACGUAUUAAUACAUCGGACCGGAGCCCCGGGACAGGCAGCUGAGAUGAACCCGGUGAAUGCGACUUCUCUCUACGUGUCCGCGAGCCGCUCGGUGCUGCAGUGCGACCCCCGAGACCCCCGGGCCCUCGCGGAGCUCUGCAAGCUGUUGCCCUUCUUCCGCCAGUCCCUUUCCUGCCUUGUCUGUGGUAAUCUGCUGCAGGACCCUAUCGCUCCCACCAACUCAUCAUGUCAGCACUACGUCUGUCGAGGCUGUAAGGGUCAGAGGAUGCAGUUGAAGCCGUCAUGUAGUUGGUGUAAAGACUAUUCCCGCUUUGAGGAAAACAGGCAGCUCUCCUUGCUGGUGCACUGUUACCAGAAGCUCUGUCUCUACAUCACGCAGUCGCCGCUCGCCCCGCACAUAGCCAGCGCCGCCAGCGACUCGCCGGACCUCCAGGCCAUCCUCAACGAGGGCCUCACGUUGGCUGAGAGCGAGCCGGAGGCCGAGGACGUUUCAGAUUCAGCCAGCCUGUCGCCCACGGCCUCCAGCUCCAUCGUGGUUCAGCCUGAUGAAGCUCCGCCUACAAAGGAGCUCAAGGUGGAAGAGCUCAAGGUGGAGGAGUCAAGCACCGUCAGUGUGAACGGGCUUCAUGAUUGUAACGGUCUGCUCAGUUCGGACUCCUUGCAGCCUGUCACCAUAGAGACGGGUGUAGGCGCUGCAAAGCAGGAGAGCUUAUCGGAGGAGAUUCCUGUGUGUGUGAGCGUCACAGGGGAGGCGGGGCUCUGUGAAAUCAGCACUUUUGGUGAUGACCAGAAACAUAGUGGGGGGCCGUUGUUGUUGAGCGUGGAGGAGGUGCUCAGGACUCUUGAUACAGACACUGACCCUGAUCCCCUCCCCCAUCUGGACUGCCCCCCCUCAGUACCUCAGUCCAGCCUCAACGGGCCUCACUGUCCACCUGACUCCUCCCGCCUCAUCACUUGCCUCCCUCAAGGGAACAGCCCUCGCCCCCUGCAACCUCACCCGCAGCCCUCCCUGCAGCCUCCCCCCCAGCCCUCCACUGUCACCCCCCACGUCCCCCCUCGUUACCACCGCAAGCGCUCCCGUUCAGAAAGCGACAGCGAGAAGGUGCAGCCCCUCCCCAUUUCCAGCUUGUUACGGGGGCCUCCCCUCGGUGCCAACAGCUCCCCUCAUCACCCUCACCCUGGUGCCACCACCAAACAGGAGCCUAUGUACCCGGCAGUCACGCCUCACCCACACCUGGCCCCGGUGCCGAAUGGUGGUCCCCCCAAGGUGGGCAAGACUGUGCUCGUUUCCAACAAGGCGCUGAAAAAGACUGUGGAGCACCAUGGGGGCCCCAAGAAGGCUUACACCAAGGCCAGGCAAGGGACCCCCAAGCCCCGUACACAACCCCGUGACAGGAUACCCCAACACCCCCAUGCUCACCCUCUGACACACCCACCCAGCCCCUCAAAGCCACUGUAUAAAAAGCCUGUGGAAAAGAAAGGCUGCAAGUGCGGCCGAGCCACACAGAACCCCUCAGUGUUGACCUGUAGAGGGCAGCGCUGCCCCUGCUACUCCAACCGCAAGGCAUGUCUGGACUGUAUCUGCCGCGGCUGCCAGAACUCUUACAUGGCCAACGGAGAGAAGAAGCUGGAAGCCUUCGCCGUGCCGGAGAAAGCUCUGGAACAGACUCGUCUCACGCUAGGCAUCAACCUUACCAGUAUCACCGCGGCGGCCCUGCGCCCGGCCACCAGCUCCCCCGGCAACACCCUUCUCAACGUCACCACGGCUACAGGGACGCCCGUCACGGCCAGCUUCUUAUCGGGGGCGGGGCACGACAACAGGGCCUUUGAGGAUUCACUGGAGAUGCGAUUUGACUGCUGAGGUCCCGCCCUCCUCUGGGCAGUCGUUACGCACAUUCCCCGCCCCGCUAGCAGGGGGUCGUUCACCUGGGCGUGAAGAAGGCAGCUACAGUGACAGGCGAUGGUGAGGGUCACCAGCUGAGGCUGAGGAGGCGUCCUCCGUCCAUCGCCAGAAACUGCGCCAUGCUUGUGGUCUUGCAUACAGAAACAGUGAGAGAGAGAGAGAGAGGAGGAGAUGUAGCGUUACUGUAUGCGCAGAGAUUUCCUUUCAGUGGGAUAGUUUUUGUUUUCUCCUCUACUAUGGGUCAUGUGUAGAGCAUGUUGUGUAGCUAGGUUGGGAGUGUGUGAGUGUAUGCGUGUGUGUGUGAGUGAGCAUGUGAGUGUGUAUGUGUGAGGGGAAGGCUUUGGUUUGGAGAUGAACUGUAUUAGCAGAAACAGAGACAUCAUCAGAGACUUGUGUAAUUUAUAUAAAGAAACUUUUUGUACAUGGAGGAAUCAGUUCCCAUUUAAGAAGACAUUUUAUUAAAUAUUUUAUAAGUUACAUUCAAAACCAAUGGAGGAUGGUGCAGGGGGAGACCUGCAUUCAACCAGAAUAUUUUCACACGGGUAAAAUGUAGAUUGUAUUUUGUCUAUUCAGUAGACCACUAUGAAAUGAAAGAAAAGUCCUGAACAUAACUGUUAAAGUUAAAAACGUUCACAGUAAUAACAUUUUUGAUAUCUUUUGCUGCAAGUACCAGUUUAUGAAUUUCACACCACCAGCCAAAUUCAGUUUCAGUCUCGUCUGUUGAAUGUUUAUACUCUGUGAGUCACUGUCAGACAUCUAAACAUUAUUCUUAAAUGUUAUUGUAUAUUUAAAAAACUUAUAUGAAACUGAAAAAGUCGUGAUUUUUGGAGUAAACCAACCAUUUUGGCUGGUGGGGGACAACACUUCUGUCCCUGGUUUGCUGGUAUAUAUGUUGACGAUGCAAGUUGUCCUGUUUGCGUGUUCUUGUAUUAAGCACUUUUCUCACUUAGCUUAAAACCACCGUAUUUCUGACCUGUUCUUCUUGUGUUUAAAACUCUGGUUGAUUGCAGGCUCUGCACAUUGUUAUUCACAAGUUUUGGGUUUCUGGAAAGCUACACACAUGCUGCUAAAAACCACAGAGGACACUAGAAGGACAGCACACCCUGUUUUCCUCAUCUGUUAUUCAGUUUCUGUGUUUAAUAAGUUGCGUUAACAACAUUUUCAGUAUUUAUUGGACAUCUCCUAACACCGGUUACGUGUCGAUUCAGUCUGGACUGUUUCUGUGUCAGUUAAGUUGCUGUCUCCUUCUUAGUGUUAGUCUCCAAACGUUUUUUGUUCUCCCUCGGGCAUUUAAAUACCUGUAAUAUAACUGUAACAUAUUUCCACAGAAAAGAAAGAAAAUCAAAAAUUUACAAAA